ACACUGGCAACACAAACUGUAACCUCAGAUCGCUUCGGAUUGUUCAGAUUUGACUUACGGCAAAAACAAACCAAUCAAAUCAUAAACAAAUAGGUACACUAUAUUUUCAAACUUCAUAAAUUCGAGCGAAAAAAUUGUGUGUUUGAAGAUUUAAUAAUAUACAGUGAUGACUCCAAAGGGAUCGUUUGAAAAUCAAUUUGACGACUAUUCAUUGGAUAUUGCAGCCAAUAUUAUUAACGAUGCUAAGGAUGGGAUAUCAGAAAAGUUUCAAACAAAAUUGCAAAAUUUUAAAACCAUGAAGUUACAACUUUUAAAAACAAAAAUGGAAAGUGAUAUAUUUUAUGACUCUACAGUGUACACAGGAUCAGCUGGACUUGCACUUUAUUACUUUAUGUGUUCGUUGAAAAAUGAUGCCUCCAGUCAGGAAUCCCUUAAGAUGGCACUGGAAUAUUUAGACAUUGAAAACUUGAAAGGUCGCAGGAUCAGUUUCUUAUGUGGAGAUGCCGGUCCUCUGGCUAUAGCAACUGUAAUAUCAUAUAAACUGGGCACCAAGCGCAAUGACAAAAUACUGCCUGAUUAUAAAACUUUAGCCCACAGAUUAAUGUCUUUAAUCUCACUUUUAAAUGAAUCACCUGAUGAAAUUCUGUAUGGAAAAGCUGGCUAUCUUUAUGCAUUGUUGUUUGUCAACAAACAUAUUAAUGGAAAGGAAAUAAUUCCUGUAAAUCAUAUUGAAAAGGUGAUAAACAGCAUAUUGAAGUCUGGAAAGCAAUAUUCUGCUCAAAUGAAGUCUGAUAGUCCUUUACUAUGGCACUGGCAUGAUAAAGUAUACUUUGGAGCUGCUCAUGGAAUGGCAGGAAUCUUAUAUAUGUUGCUACAAGCUCGUUUGCACAUAAACAUAAUUGAAAUCCGAAGUUUUAUCAAACCAGCAAUUGACUGGUUACUGAGCCAGCGCUACCAUAGUGGUAAUUUCCCGUCAUCAAUGGGUAGUACUUCAGGAGACAAGCUGAUUCAGUGGUGCCAUGGUGCGCCUGGAUACGUACCGUUAUGCCUUCUUGCUGCUCAGAUUUUUGAAGAAGAAAAAUACAUGAAAGUCGCCUUACAAUGCGGUGAUCUUAUAUGGCAACGAGGACUUUGCACAAAGGGAUAUAGCAUCUGCCAUGGAGUGAGUGGGAACGCAUACGCGUUUAUACAAUUAUUUCAAGCCACUAAGCGACCGUUAUAUUUAUAUCGUGCUUGCUGCUUCAUGGAGUGGUGUGCAGUAGAACGACCGGGCACGGAAUUGCAUCGCCCUGACAGGCCGGCAUCGCUGUUUGAGGGUUUAAGUGGUCGCCUAUACCUAGCUGAAGAUAUAACGCGCAUUGCAGAAGCCAGAUUUCCAGCGUUUGGUCUGUAAAGGUGGUUAAGUUCACUGAGAGUGUUUAUUUAUUUAUAUAAUUAGAAAGGUAGUACCUGUUCUGGUGUACAUCUUAUUUUUAUAAUGUAAUAUCAAUUUUUCUCGUUUUAUAGAACCAAAAUAAUCUAGCUGAUACUUGAAACUCAGAUUUUUCUUCUUGUUUAUAAAUCAGCAUUUAAAAAAAUAUUACUAAGAGUAAGUGAGAAAUUGUUUUCAAGAACUAUUACAAAUAUAGGUUUUAAAGAUAUCCCGCUACUAUGUAAACACUGCGCCCGGACUAAGUAGAAGGAACUUUAAUAAAAAAUUGAUUGUCUCAUACAAAUUUGUUGUUGCUGCUGAUGCCUUAAAUGUUAGCUUUUUUUCUUAUUUAUGUUGUUGAUAUUUAGUCUUUUUAGAAAUCACUUUAAAUGAAAUAAAAUAUAUUAAUGUGACUGAAUUAUUUUUCGUUGCGAUAGGUUACGAAAACGUUUUGCUGUAAGUCUCGAAAACGCAUAAUAUUAUACGUAGUAAAAUAAAAAAAUCGUAGUCAUUGUAAAAAUAUUUAAUGUUUUAAUUCUUAUUUUAUACUUAAAUUAGAUUCAUUAAUAUCACCCAGCGUAAAUUAUAAAUGUAAAUAAUGCUACCAGGCGGCAGUCCAACAGUUUACGUUACUGUUUUUUAACUUUUAGGACUCUUUUUAAGUCCUAAUUUGAACACAUUAUACAUAACAUAAAGAAUAAAAAAUACCAUAGAUUGGAAGUACUGUUCCUUAUUUUUAAAUGAUUAAUAGCAUAGAAUAUAAAACAUAGCAACAUUAGAUAUAUAACAUAAUUAUAAGUCAAGCAAUUAUUUUUUAAAGAUAAGUAUAUACUUUGACUCUAUACGACCACUGCCAGUCUAACUGUAAGUCGGAUACUAAAUGCACCAUCCAUUGAUAUACAAAACCUAGUUUUUAACAGACAUCAAAACAUGGAUAAAAUAUUUAUAUCAUAAACAUUUCUUAAUUACAAAUAGCAAUCAAUCAACCUUAUGAACUAACUUAGCUAUUUGUAAGCUAUAAAGAAAAUCGUAAGUAUUCUACAUUUUAAGGAUGUUGAUGUAAUAAUGAUCACGAAGUGUUUUGCUAUGAGAUACAUGUAGCACCAGGUAUUAAGAAAACUAAGCUAAAAAUAAAAACAAAAAGUUUUUAUGGUCAAAAAAAAUACUAAACGUUAAUACAAUUUGAUACAUUGUUGUACAAUAGUUGUAGAUGCACUUAAUUUUAGCACGUCACAAACACAGUGACCUAUCACCUGAGUAUGUAAAGCAUCAAAAUAGAGCACAAUGUCUCAAUACACAUAAUUGUAUACUCAGGGUGUUUGUAUAUCAACGGUACCAUUGCAAUACAGCAACAUUACACAUUACCAUGGCAGUUGCAUUUUUAAACUUACAA